CACACAGUCCAGUCGCCGGUAGUCAUGCGCCGUGCCAAUAGUGCGCAUGCGUGGCUUCCAGGGUGGAAGGGAUCAACAUGUCGCUGGAGGAUCCGUUUUUCGUAGUGAAGGGGGAGGUGCAGAAGGCCCUGUCCCGUGCACGGGGGUUGUUUGACAGAUGGGAGGAACUGUUGCAGGAGUCCACACAGGUGAGCCGGGAUGAGCUGGACUGGAGCACCAAUGAGCUGAGGAACUGUCUGCGGGCCAUCGACUGGGACCUGGAAGACCUCAGCGAGACCAUCAGCAUCGUCGAGUCCAAUCCGGGAAAGUUCCGCCUGGGGGAGAAUGAGCUGCAGGAGAGGCGGGCCUUCGUGGAACAGACCAGGCUCUCUGUACAGGAGAUGAAGGAGCAGCUGUCCAGCCCUACAGCUGUGGCCCAGGCAGAGAAGAAGAGCCGACAGGUUCCGUCAGGUUCAGAGCGCUCCACAGGUCUGGAGGCUCACCUGGUGUCCGCUAACUCCAGAUACAUCACAGAGCAGCAGGAGCAGCAGCAGCUGAUAGUGCAGGAGCAGGAUGAGCAGCUGGAGCUGGUGUCGGGGAGCAUCAGGGUUCUUAAAGACAUGUCGGGACGUAUCGGGGACGAGCUUGACGAACAGGCUGUCAUGCUGGGAGAUUUUGGAGACGAGAUGGACCAGACGUCCUCACGCAUGGAUAGCGUCCUGAAGAAGCUGGAGAAGGUCUCCCACAUGACCAGCAGCCGGAGACAGUGGUGUGCCAUCGGGGUGUUGGUGGCCAUCAUGCUGGUGGUGCUCAUCCUCAUCUUCGCCCUGUGAGGUCCUGCUGCCGUCACCCCACCCGCCCAUCCCAGAAUCCCCUUCACCAGUGGAGCCAUCGCAGGUGGAUGAGCGAAUGAGCAGACGGGGAAAAAUAAGAGGAACGUUUGAGAGAAUCUUCCCCUGCCUCCCUUUCUCCUAGAGACGGAGGGGUCGGCGGAGGCGGACCUCGUGGUAUCCUAAAGCUGCUCCCACCUGCGCUUUUAACCAUUUUUUACCAAGUCACUUUCAAGUCGUUUUUUUACUGUGUGUCUGGACGGGUGGUUGUUCAACGUCAACACAUUUCUGUUACUGGUAUGGCUAAGAAGGUACUUACUAUGGGGGUGUGUGGGGGGGGGUAUUCCGUAGGGGAGUGGGAGGCACUGAGGAACAUAACCAAACUGUAAGAUAGACCUAUGAUAAACUACAUGAUGUUGAAUGAUUAGGGCCUUUCCCCUCUGAUCGGCAACUCCAUUUGCGAUCAAUAACUGUUUUUGCACAGUUUGCUUUUAAGAUUUAUCUGGACGUCGGAUACAAGACUGAAAUUCUGACCCUUUUUUUCACUUCAAAAAAAGAUUGUCGGGUCAGGACAGAAGCCUGGGAGUCGACGCUGCCUUAAAUAUAUGAAUCUAUUUUUUAUACGUUUUGUGAAAUGCGCAGUACAGGCCCACAACCACACUAAACCUUAUGGAAUAUUAAUAUCGUCCUCUUUAAUGGCCUGUGUACUAGCAGCGGAUUUCCCAACCAUGGUCAACACAUGCCAAAAUGUUAACGGUUCACCCCUUUGCCCAAAUUAGGACAUGAACAUUAAACUGGUUGCAUCGUGAUUAAUCGGGACCAGGUGAGGCCGUGUGUGUUUCCGUGGAGAAAGAGUGAGAGAGAGAAUAGUCACGAUGACUGGCCUUAUCUAACCUUAUCUAAGACAGUUGCUGGGCAGUGUCUCCAUAGUCCACAGGGAGUCCAGGCCCACAGCGCAACCUGGUGGAUGUAUGAUGUAAUGCCUUCUGCCACGUUGUGUUCCCUGUGUAAAUAUAAUAACAAUGCUGCUUAUUCUGCUUCAAAAUCAUGUUGUAAAUAAAUCCCUGUCCUUACAUUGAUUUUCAUUGCAAAUAAAAAUGACCUUUCUA